AUGACGGAGAACAGCCUCCCAGGGAAAGAAGGGGAGCAGGAGCAGAUACCCGAGAAACAGGCGCAGAGCAGCAUGGAUCCGUCGAGGUUGUCGAGCUCGAGCUCGCAGAGGCAGUCAUCGAGCCAGUCCAACAACCCCUACGAUGGACAUGAGAGCAGUUUCGAACCUCAGCAGCAACAACAGCAGCAGCAGCAGCAGCACCCGCUGCCGCCGCCGCCGCCGCCGCCAAAGAACCACUACCGAAGCUCUGCGGCCACCAGCACAAACCUAGACUUUAAAAAUGUCGCCCUGCGACACCAGUCGUACGCGUCGCAAAGGUCGCAGCAUUCGCGGCUGAUGACGCCGCCGCACCACCAGCAAAACACGCACCCGCCGUCCUUUGCCUCGUCGACGGCCAUGCCGACGCCAAUGUUUGGCGAUUUUGUCCUGCACGGCCACGACAACUUUGGCGCGGCCGCCGAGGAGGAGGACGAGGACCACGCGCUCGACAGGGAAAAGGAAGAGGCGGCCGAGAACCCCGUGACGGAGCCCGAGCCGGAGCUGCCGCCACCGGUCAAGCAGCACCAGAGGCGAAAGAUGGUGUUUUAUGCGCUGCGCUACUUUUUGAUCGUGGCCGUCGUCGCGGUGCUGCUGGUCGUGCCCGUCAUUGUGAAGCAAAACGAUGCCGAGAUCGACUUGACUGACAGCGACGCCGUCAGGAGGCUCAAGAAGGACCAGGUGGUGUUUUGGACCUUUAUAUGGCUGAGCAUAUCGUGGCUGGGGUUUGUGCUUUUCGAUUUGAUCGGACUGGCGUUGCCAUAUCUCUUUCGAUUCGUCGCUAGAUAUGUGAAUCCUGCACACCAAAAGUACUGGAGAUUCCUCAGGGUUGUGAGGAGGCCAAUCUGCCUCUUUUUCGGCAUCGCGCUGAUGUACAGCGCCUACGCGGGACUCAUCACAUAUAAUGAAGAUUUGGGCAUCAACGUCAACAAAAAGGACGCCAGUGGUGAUUUUCUGGAGAUAGGAUGGACGUUUGUCGUGAACGACAUCUUGGAGCAGAUAACCAUCUGGGCGGGCUUUUACGCCGUUGGCAAGAUUUUGAUCUUGUACAUCUCCAUCCACUACCAUUAUCGGGGCAAUAGUACCAAGAUCAUGCGCUCCAAGGAAAUGAUGAACGCCCUCAUCACCCUGUACGAGGCGUCCCUGGCCGUGCACCCAGCGCGACCCAACGACCACAACAACCCCUUCGCCGCCGAGGACGCCAUAAUCCAGUCGGCGACGGGCCGCGAGUACUCGUCCGGCCGCAAGACGGCUCGAUCGUACCUCGCGCGCAUGGGCAUCGACACGUACGGCAUGGCGACCUUUUUCGGCAACUUCUUGUCCGACGACCCCAGGUCGCACUGGCUGCGCCCCGCCUCGGCCUACGCGACCAUCGAGAGGUGCCUGGCGAACCCCCGCACCGCGGCGGCCCUGGCGCGGCGGGUCUGGGUCAGCCUGGCCGUGCAGGGGAGCGACGUGCUGGCGGCCGAGGACGUCGUCGAGGUGCUGGGCUUCUACCGCAGAGAGGAGGCGGCGAGGGCCUUUAGGACGGUGGGCCCCAUGGCGGACAAUGUCCGGCUCGACGAGUUCGCCAUGGCUGUGGUGGAGGCGGGUAAAGUGAGGCACGAUGUUUACCGCGCCAUGUGUGCCGCGGAUCAUGUGCUCAAUGUCUUGGACUGGAUGAUUGUUGGCACCAUAGCGACCGUCAUGACCCUGUUCAUCAUGCUUCUCUACGUCCCCUCCAUAAAGGAGAUCCAGCAACAGGCUUCGGUCUUUGCAGUGGGUCUCAGUUUCGCCGCUGGCAGGGUGGUGCACCAUUUCCUCAUCGGCGUCGUGUACGUCUUCUUUGAUCACCCCUUUGACGAAGGCGACCGCGUAGAGGUGUACAACCUCUCGUCGACCAACAAGACGGCAUGCGUUGUCAAACGCAUCUCUCUACUCUACACAGUUUUUCGACGCGUAGACAACGGCGCCGACAUGCAGAUACAAAACCAACAGCUCGUCAUGAAACGCAUAGAAAACAUCAGCCGUUCGGGCAACAACAGGCAGAUCCUGCAGCUGUGCGUAGACUUCAAGACAAGCUUUACCGACAUCGUAUUCCUGCGGAAGGAGCUGGAGGCCUUUGUCCGUGCCGACGAGAACUGCAGGGACUACAUGCCCGAAAUAGGAUGCUCGCUGAUCGGCGUGCAUGAACUCAACAAGCUGGAGCUCAAGUGUUCGGUCACCCACCGUAGCAACUGGGGCAACGAGAAGCUCCGCUCGGCCAGGUCCAACAAAUUCUACUGCGCCGUGCUGGCAGCAGUGCGCAAGAUACCACUCAAUCGACCCGGUGGGCCGCUGUACAUGGGGGAGGCAGGCAGACCCGUAUAUACGGCACAGCUCACCGAGGAGGAGGCCCAUCGCCUGGUUCAGAGCGGCCACGCGGCGCUCGCCUCCGCGCGUGCCGACUGCCAUCCAGAGGCUGGCAGAGACGACGACGAGGAUCCGUAUGACGCUAAGGGCGCUGAUGCAGAAUCGCUGCUUAAAGAUAGAGAGCGGAGGGCCAAGGAAAAGGCCGAGAGGGCGACGGCAGCCGAAGCGGAGAGAGUUGCGCUCGCCACAUUGCAGAGAGUCCCCACGCCUGAAAAGGAAAAGGUGCUCGGUGUAAGCUCAGCUGUGCAAGUAAAUGACUAUAUUGGGAGAUCGGCGACGGGGAUGAGGAUAAAGCCGGGCUCAGCAGGUUAUUACUGAGCUUGUAGCCAAGGCGGCUUCCGCAGCGAUUAAUUCAACAGCCUUUUUGUUCAAUGUGGUG